GUCACUUUGACGUAAACAUUUUUCUUCAUCUUUUAAAUCAGUUUUUAUUUAAACAAUUUAUCUUAUUACUCUAAAAUAAUAACAAUACCAAGCUGUCAACGCAAUAAAAUCAAUAAAACAUAAAACGGGAUUGGACGAAAGAUACCGUAGAAGUAAUAAAAUUCAAUUAAAAAUACUCCGAGUUCACCAUGUCUGAGAUCGAGGAAAAUAUCUUUUUAUUUUACCCCAACAUCAUAGGAUUUUUAAGAGUAAUCCUAGCGAUUAUCUCAUUUUAUUUCAUGCCUACUAAUUACAUCAUAGCCACGACUUGUUAUGUUACAUCUGCGUUAUUAGAUGCAGUUGAUGGUCAUGCUGCAAGACAUUUCAAUCAAUCGACCAAAUUCGGCGCUAUUUUGGACCAAUUAACCGAUCGAUGUGGUACGAUGUGUCUUUGUGCUGUUUUGGCUCAUUUCUACCCACGAUUUAUGUUUUGGUUCUUAAUUUCAAUGAGUGUUGAUAUCGCUUGUCAUUGGAUUUACCUCCACACGUCGUUAUUGCAAGGAAAAACCAGCCAUAAAUUCGUCGAUAUGUCCUCGCACCCAAUUAUGAGGCUUUAUUACACCGAUAGAAAAGUUUUGUUCUUUAUGUGUGCUGGAAAUGAGUUAUUUUAUGCUUUGUUGUAUUUGUUGUAUUUCACAGAGGGGCCACUUGUGAUGGACACCUCUUUGAUUCGAAUUGGAAUAUUUUUGUCGGCCCCCGUAGCGAUUGCGAAGGCUUUAAUCUCGAUUUUGCAUUGCAUCGUGGCUGCUAAAAAUUUAUCGAUUAUCGAUAUAAACGAGCGAAAAGCUCUGCGAGAGAAAACUAAUUAAAAAAAAAAUAACUUCCUAUUACCAAAAAUAUAUUUCUCCAAAUUAAUGUUGUUGUUAAGAUACUAAGCAUUUAUUAAGUUAGGGAAAAGUGAGGUUAACUGAUAAAAUAUGUAUUUAUUAAUCUUAUUAAUUACUACUAUAUUGUAUUAUGUAAUUGAAUGUGACCAAAACGCAUUUUAUGGUGUAUUUUAUUGUUAAAUGUAAGAAAUAAAUUAGUUUUAUUCAAAAUAAA